UAGUGGAGUACACAGACUGAACAGACGGAUGAAAACAAGGAAGUAGCUAGGAAACGAGUUUUGUGUUUUAAUACCGCGUUUUAAAUUCAUUUGUUUUCGACCAAGAACAAUGAACAACAAAGUUUAUGGGGACCAAGCACUGAAGAUGCAGAGGCACCAUAUUGGAAUUGUCUGUCUUCGUUGAUAAGGGAGUCACCCGCAGCCUAUAGAAUGCUUAGGAUCCUAUCCACAACAGACCGUGUAUCCUCAGCAGAGCACAGCACCCAUAUACCCUCCUGCUAUGCAAGUGCCACCACCCCAGGUACCCCCAUACACAGAUGCCCCUCCUGCCUAUUCUGAGAUCUAUCAGCCAAGGUAUAUGCACCCACCCCAGGUUACUGGGCAGCUACCUCCAAUAACCACUGCAUACCCUGCAUCUCAGAUGUUUGUGCCCAUGCCCCAGACUGUGCCUGUUGGCGCAAUGACCCCUAAUGUUCCCAUGGGUUAUUACCCCAUGGGACCUGUGUAUCCUCCAGGCUCCACAGUCCUAGUGGAAGGGGGAUUUGAUGCUGGAGCUCGAUUUGGCCCUGGUACUGCUUCCAUACCUCCUCCUCCUCCUGGACAUGCUCCAAAUGCAGCACAGCUGGCAGCAAUGCAGGGUGCAAAUGUGGUGAUGACACAACGCAAGAGCAACUUCUUCAUGGGUGGUUCAGGAGGGGGUUACACUAUUUGGUAACAGUGAGAAGGACCUGAUUGGACCUUGACCUUUCCCCUUGUAUGGUGUUCUCUUUCUUACCCUCUCUCCUGCCUCACCAGGGUCAGCUUGGCUAUGCCAUGAUAGUGAUAAAACAGAAUGUAAUAUUUUAUAGUCCCGACUCACAGUACAGUACUUUGUUGAUGUCUUUCAGUUUAAAGUACAUGAUAAAAUAUUGCAAACUCCUACUUUUUAGACCAUGGUUGGGAAACAGAAGGACAUUUAUUUUUAGCUUAUUUCUAUCUAUGUGGCAGAUAAAUGAUGAAAUGUUCCUUGGUUUUCCUUGAUGUUUAACAACCUACCACACCCUUAGUACUACUGAAUUUAAGUUAGCUCUGCCCUACUAUCAUUUAUUUACACACACUACCCAUUAAAUGGCUUCUAAUAUAAUUUUUAUUAAAUAACCUACAAUAAAAGCAGUUAUAUAGUAGAACAUUUUACACAUUCUAAUUACAACAGAGUACUGUACUGUACUUUUGGGAAACAGUAGAUAAAUAUAAUUGGUUGUUGAUAUUGAGCACCGCAACUUUAACAUUUACAGAUUAAAAUGCGGUAAAUAAGCCCUUGUAUUUGAUUCAGAACGUUGGUUGGCUUUUUAAUUAUUUCCAUAUUGUGUCGGAUACCCAGAACUGUAUAUAAUGCUGUGUUUAGUUUAGUGAAGCAACAGUUUACUUUUCACAAAGGGUUUGUGUCAAAAUAAUUUCUUUAGCAUUAUUCUCAAAGUUUAAUCAAUUUGAAGUUUAGCGUUUGGAGUUAAUCAAGCCUUUUUCUUUCUUUCUUUUUUUUCUUGUUUAAACCCAGGAAUGUACUUAAACCCAUCAAGCAGUCUUUUUUUUCUAGUAAACAUUUUAAAUGUAUAACCAAGCAGCCGGUUGUACCAAAGAUCCAGAUUAGUAUGCACUAAAAGCUUUUAAUGUGACUUGAAAAUCUUCUCUGAAUAAUUCUGCACAUAUGAUAAAUUAAUAAAUGAUAUGUAGAAACAUAUCGAUAACUGCUUCAUGAUGGUUCUGCAUGCUUUUUGCACUUUUAUUCAAAUCUAUUUUGUUUUCAUAAAGAUUUAUCAGUGGUAAUUUUUAGAAAUACUAUACACAUUAAUUUAUGUGCACUGUCAACCAACUCUGAGAUGUUAGACUUUUUGGAAGUUUUUUUUUGUACUCAUGCUUUAUACAUGCAAAUACAGUGUCAAUCAUUAAAUUUGUUGUGUGGAUGCUUUUUCAAAUUUAUUAUACAUGCCUUGCAUGAAAAGACUUAGAAAUCUUAGAUGGUAUUCUGAUCUGUUUUUGUCUCUUGGGUUGACAUCAUUGAUUCUAACUGAAAUUGAAAAGCAGCACUCCUAAUGUUAAAAAGUCCCUUUCUUGAGUUUAUCUUUUGUUCUAUAAUGGCAUAAUUUUAUUUCAACUGAAUCAACCCCACAGAAAUCAGACUGUCUGACUAUUAACCCCACCCAGAACAUUGAACUAAUUCGCAUUUAUAGCAGGAAACUAGUUUUAUGUAAAAUUUGCAAAUUUUCACUAGCUGUUGAACUGCGUGUGCUGUGAAAGUCUGUAUUGAACUUUAACUUGUGUUCAUUUAGUUUAUUAUACAGACCCCCUCAUGUAUGAUGUUAUGCAUUUCAGUUUUGUCCCUGAAACUUGUAUUUAACAGCAGCACCACUGGGUAUCCGACAGUAGCUUCAGAACAUGCUGACAAAUAUUUUACUCUCAAAUAUAGCCAUCAUUUUAAUGAGGUACAAGCUUAAAAAGUUUCAGACCUGCAUGUGCUCAUAAUUAGUAUUGGAAAUGGCUAUUUAUGCAACAUGCCAAGAUCACCAUUACCCCAUACUAGCGACUUGCAGUGUGCAUUUAAGGAUUCUAAUAUAUAAAUAUAACAACGUUUGAUAAACAACUAGAGUUCAGGGAUUUUUUUUCUAAUUAGGUGGGUUAUAUUUAAUAUUUUAAAAAGGUAAAAAUCUGCAAUUACCAGUAAGUUUUUUUUUGUUGUUGUUUGUUGUUUUUACUAAACCAAAUUAACAAUAAAGGCUAUUUUGGAAAUUUAAAAAGAAA